AUGGCGACGAGUGUGUUCGCGCUCUUGACUCUUCCCAACACAUCCAAGGGACUGACGGCAUUGCAACCCACCGUGGUCAAUGCGGUUAACAUCGCCGGGUCCGCAUCUCCCCGUCGCAAAGUUGCUCGUUUGGCCACCGACUCUGAUUCCGCCUCUGCUUCCAGAUCACGACCCGCAACGAUCCACAAGCCAGGCGCGUCCAUUAGGAUACGUAUUCUCGACAGCGAUGGCACAUGGGACAAAAAACCAGAGUCAACGGAACAGUUUGGUUUAGUACGACGGUGUAUCAAAAUCUCGUUGACACGAGCGGGCUUCGAUAUGCUCCCUGCGACUUACGAGCGCAUAUUUUCGACUUGCCGAGCGCUAGUUAUUGACUACAAGCGCGGCGAAGAUCUCUAUGGCGCUUUGAAGCUCGAACUCGAGCAAAGUCUCACUGCCUUGGCCGGGAUUAUGAUUGAGGAACCAAAGGAAGAGAUUGAUUGGCUAGCGGGUUUCGCGAAGCAUUGUGAGUGGUUUGAAUCGCAGAUCGUUUAUGUCGUCAACGAACAUAGGGCUAUCCCUAUUCACUUGUUCACGCAGAGAAUCUUUGAGAAUCCCCGAAUCGCGGAGCGUCUGCGUUCAGGCAUAUCGAAGUGGGUCGUAGCAGAACGCAACUUAAGAAUCCCACACAGCAAGCGAAAAAAUGUCGAAGAACUCAUCAAGCACCUCAUCACUCACAGUCAAUACUCAUCUUUCGAGGAAUACUACAUCCAGUUCACUCGGUCGUAUUACCAAGCCGAUUCAGCGGAUUGCGCCACAGAACUCACUGGGGACCCACAAGGAUUCUUCAAGCAUGUCAUAAUGCGCAUUCAGGAGGAGACGGAGCGUUCCAAAGCAAUCUUGGUUGUCGGCAGUUGGGGCCUU